AUGGAGGAAGAACGAGAGAAAAGUAGUGCAUGCGGAGAAUAUAGUGCUGAGACUGAGACAGCGACGGCGGCAUCGAUGUCAGAGCCGACCGGAGAGGAUGGCGCUGAUUCUGGUGAACCUACGGAAGGCAUGGAGAGCCUGAUCAUGAAGCUGAAAAGUGAUAAGAUACAACUGAAACGCAAUCUAACGAAUACCCGACGUGGGUUGACGAUAGGAAUGCGCGACAAUGAGGUCGACGCUGUGGGUGCAGGACACCUUUACGAUGAGCUGUGCUGCUGUGAGCAAGCAGUAACAGCAGUGCUUUCCGAGCUGAAAAGAAAAUAUGAAUUCGUAAACGAUAAAAGGAACGUGAUACGGACUUUGGAGGAAAUGGAGGAAGUCGAUCGCGAUGUGCAGACGGCAAUUGACAGAUACGACGAGUUUGUAGAGUUGUGGACUGCAAGAGCGAAGCAGUAUGGACAGGCUCAAGCAGCACAGAGCCAGUUUGAACGAGGGGAGUCGUUUCCUUUACUGGGUGUGGAUGAAUUCGGACUACGCCAAGGCAGUAGAUCAACUAGUGGAGUCGGUUUACGACAAAUGCAGAGUGAACUGAGUGCGCUGACCAUGGAAACAGAUCGCAGGACUGGACUGCUACUGGAAAGAUCACCGUCACGGAGGACGCCGAGAGGCUUUAGUACUGAUGACAGCAAGGACACAGCAGCUGAAGAGACCAACACCAGUCCAAAACCGGGUGAGCAAGGAGCUGAUCAAACGGAGAAUAGCCUUCCCCCUGCACACACCACUGAGUCUGUCACCAGCCUCCCCAGUUCAAGUCACAGUGUACAGUCUAGUAUCACGUCUUGUACUACCACUGCACAGCAUGUACCUGUCACAAGCUCAAGUGUGACUAGACCCAUACCUAGUUCUGGACAAGCUGUACCUGUGAAGGACCAUGUUUCUCUGGUCAAAUCUAGUACCAGUCAGCCAUCUAGCCUUGCUAGCAUUCAUGCCAGACUUGCAGGCCCAAGCAGUGGUCAUGUAGGCAAGUCUGUGUUGAGUGUUGGAUCUUUUCCAGGACAUCCUGGAGCUAGCCUCAACUUUCAGGCCCCUGCGUUCCGGCCUGCAGCUCAACCAGUAAGCAGCAGAGCACCUGUGUACGGCACUGGGUUGCCCAGCAGUGAUGUCUUUGGAAGGCUGAAGAAAGUAGCUGUUCCGACCUUCAGCGGAGAUGUGCGGAUGUACGAGACCUGGAAGGCCGCCUUUAUGGCAUGCAUUGAAACUGCACCCGUCUCUCGACAACUUAAGCUUCUACAGCUUCGGCAGUAUGUUACUGGUGAGGCACUCAGAGCAAUAGAGCAGCUUGGCUACACCGCAGAGGCAUACAGGAUAUCCCUGGAGCGGCUUGAAAGAAAAUUCGGCGGACAACGACGUCAGGUGGCUAUACAGCUGGAAACAUUGGAAGCAUUCCAGCCGAUACAGCGCUACAACCCGCAAGCACUGGAGAAGUUUGCAGAUUUGCUCGAGAUUGCCGUAGUGAACCUCAAAGAUGCAGGUCGCCACAUGGAGCUACAGAACGGCACAUUCUUCUCCCGUCUCCUGAGCAAGCUGACGAAGCAGAUGGUGGCUCAGUACCAACGUUGGUUGUACGAGCACCAGCAAACCGAGGAUGUGUUAUCAUUGUUGAAAUGGGUGACACUGGAGGCUGAAUUCCAGACUACGGCAACGGAGAUAGUAGACGGUAUCCAGAAGUCGGCAUCAUCCCGGCCAAGUAGCCAUCGCUCGUUGCAGCAGCGCAACGCUCAUACACACUUGGCAGACGGACAGACGGCACGAGACGAGGAGACUUCUUUCAUAUCCUCUCGCGCCACUUGUCCAGAAUGCAGCGGGAGCCAUGGCAUUUGGGAAUGCUCCACCUUCAAAGGACACGACACAGGCCAACGGUGGACAAGAGCAAAGGAAUUAAGCCUGUGCUAUCGCUGCCUGGGAACAGGGCACAGAGGCGACAAGUGUCCUCGAACUCGCACUUGUGGUGUCGAUGGUUGCCAAUGGAAUCAUCAUCGUCUACUACACGGCUUGGCACGAUCAGAUUUUGAGAUCAGGAAGAAGCCGAGAGCCGAUGGCAAGGAAAGGAGUUAUGACAAAGCAAACACCAAGGCUGAACAAGGACACUGUGGCGUCGCAACAGCGCAUGAGACUCCAACGGAAGGGGAGUCCCCCCAGCAAUGCAGCAAUGCAACAGCCGAGACGAGCUACACCAGUUUACGCACUGUGCCUGUCGUUCUCAGGUCCGGUAGUAAGCGGCUCGUCGUCAAUGCGCUUCUGGACGACGGAAGUACCAACACCUUCAUCCAUGAAGACGUUGCCACAGCGCUAGGAAUGAGUGGUGAGCAGCAUGACAUGACUAUCAAUAUGCUGAAUGGAAAGCGGAGCACUUUCAAAUCCAUGGACGUGGAGUUCGAUAUCGCCAAUAUUAACGGUCAAUCACGGACAACCGUAGUCGGACUCACAACUCCCAACCAGGUAACAGGACGUCUGCAGCUAACGGACUGGAGUAGCAAGAAGAUUGGCUAUGAGCACUUGGCUGAUAUACCGUUUCUGGAACCGGCCACCCCUGAAAGGAUCGAGCUGCUCAUUGGCGUCGACAAUGCCGAGCUUCAUCGUGCGUUGUAUGAAGUGUCUGGACCAGCCGGAGAGCCCAUCGCGCGUCUCACACCUCUCGGAUGGACCUGCGUCGGAGCAGAGGUUAGCCGUGGCGGGGGCACAAACCACUGCUGCAGCGCUAACAUCGCCAGCAGCGAGACCCUCCUGAGUGUGGAUAAGACUUUGCGACAGUUCUGGGAAAUUGAGCAAGUGACCAGCCCAGAACACCCCAUGUCACCGGAAAACCUGGACGUCCUGACAGCGACAAAGAAACGAAUGACGUUCACCAAUGGUCGCUACUGUGUCGGGAUGCCAUGGCGGGCAGAUGCAUCACGGCCCACCAACAAUUACGACAUGGCAGCGAAGAGACUUGCGCAAACACAGAAGAGGCUGAAACGGGUCCCAGAAAUUGCAGAGCGCUAUGCAGAAACCAUUGAGAGUUACGUGAGAAAAGGGUACGUGGUGAAGGUGAAUGCAAACCCACGUGAAGCAGGAUCGUGGCUCCUUCCACACUUCCCGGUUGUCCGACUGGACAAAAGUACGACGAAAGUUCGCAUUGUGUUCGACGGGUCAGCUAAGCAUGAUGGCACCGCCCUCAACGACCUGCUGCACACCGGUCCGAAGUUACAACGUGAUCUAUCGGCUGUUCUGCUCAGGUUUCGGCGGCAUCCGAUCUGCAUUGGCUGUGAUGUUACGGAGAUGUAUCUACAGGUUGAAGUCAGAAAAUCAGAUCGGCCAUAUCUGAGAUUCCUGUGGAAUACAGACUUGCAGUCGGCUCCAGACGUGUACGAAUUCAACCGGGUGGUAUUCGGUCUGAACUGCUCCCCGUUCUUAGCGCAACUGGUCGCGCGAGAGCACGCUAAGACACUAGAUCCAGAAUUCGCCCGUGCAGCCGAGAUGAUGCUCGAAUCAACUUACAUGGACGACGGUAUGGACUCAGUCUCUACGAUUGCCGAGGGUGUGGCCCUGUACAAGAGUGUGACAGCAGCAUGGAAGGGAGCAGGCAUGGCAGUGAGGAAGUGGCUGUCGAAUGCUCCGGAGCUGUUGGGUCACAUACCCAGAGAAGAUCAGGCAACGCAACUCAGCCUGAACGGAGACGGCCCAUCCCAGAUUAAGACUCUAGGGAUCAGUUGGUUGAGCGACAGCGACAUGUUCAGCUUUCAGGCUGUCAUACCACCUGACGAUAUGAUGAUGACGAAGAGGAACAUCCUCCGAAAGAUCGCGACGAUCUUCGACCCGCUAGGAUUUCUGGCACCAGUGAUCAUCCGUGCCAAGAUACUGAUGCAAGAGAUCUGGGCUAGCGGUGCAACUUGGGACGAAGUGCUUCCCGUCGAACUGAGCUCACGUUGUAGACAGUGGUUCCAGGAUCUCCUUGCACUGAGCUCAAUUCAAGUGCCACGCUGCUUGCAGGCCAUUGCAGGCGCUACACCGCAAGAUGUCGAGCUUCACGUAUUUGGCGACGCAUCAGAGUUAGCGUAUGGUGCCGUCAUCUACCAACGUAUCCGCUACGCCUCCGGCGAGAUCAGCACCGUAUUUGUGUCUGCUAAGUCACGAGUUUCGCCAACUACCGCCACAAGCAUCCCACGGCUCGAAUUGAUGGCUGCUGUGCUGGGAGUCGAAAUGGCCAACGAAGUAGCCAAGGUGUUGCAGAUCAACCCGCAGAACAUCAUCUACUGGACUGACAGUAUGGACGUGAUCUGGUGGAUCCGUGGCCGGAGUCGCUUGUUCAAGACGUUCGUUGCCAACAGAGUGAGCACGAUUCACCAGGCAAGCAGCCCAGAUCAAUGGCGGUAUGUCCCUACGGCAGAGCACCCGGCUGAUAUUGUGUCGAGAGGAUGCGCCCCAACAUCGCUCACGCCGGACAGUAUGUGGUGGACCGGUCCUAGCUUCAUGGCCAAGCCGUCUGAUGACUGGCCAGUACGACAGUUACCUACAGCCCAAGCAAAGGAAACAAAGUCCAUGAAGGAGACCGUUCUGAUGAGCAGCACUGAGACGGGUACUGAUGAUGAGGGCACAGGCGCAACAGAGCCCAGUGUUUGGCGACUGGAACCGCAGCGAUACUCUGAUUUGGAGCGCUUGAUUCGUGUGCAAGCGUGGGUGAUGAGAUUUCUUCACAACGCUCGCGCGCCACACGAACGCCGCGAACUGGGUGAAUUGACAGUGGACGAAUUGAGCGAGUCUGAGUUGAUGCUGGUGAAAUCAGCGCAAGAGUCUGAGUUCCGAGAUGAGAUCAAGGCCAUCAAGAAGGGACAACCUGUGAGUUCCCAGAGCAAGAUUGCAGCACUCCAUCCACAGUUAGAUGACAGUGGUUUGCUGCGUGCAAGGAGUCGUCUUCAGUACGCGGACUUCUUGCCCUCUGACACGAUCUCACCGAUCAUCCUUCCCAGGACGCAUCCAACGACUAAGCUUGUGAUCACGCGGAUCCAUGGCAAAGGUCAUCACGCACUCGGCAACAAUCAAGUUCUGAACGAGUUAGUAAAGCGGUUCUGGGUUGUCGGUGCACGCGAAGCAGUCAAGGAAGUGGAUCGUCAAUGUCCUGAAUGCCAACGCCGAAAGGCCAAGCCUGCUAAGCAGCUCAUGGCGCCACUGCCAACACUCCGGAUUGAACCCGGCACCCGUGCGUUUGAAAGGGUUGGAAUCGACUUUGCAGGACCGAUGUACACCAAGCAGGGACGCCGAGCGCAGGCAAAGAGAUGGCUGUGCAUCUUCACCUGUCUUGCCACACGCGCUAUCCACAUCGAAGUAGCGUAUGGUCUUGAUACUGGAAGCUUUCUGAACUGCUUCUUCCGAAUGGUCGGACGACGUGGCGCCCCACACGAGGUGCUCACUGACAAUGGCACGAACUUUGUUGGUGCAGUAACCGAGCUACGCGAGUUGAGAAGUGAACUGGACGAGAAGAAGAUCAUCAAGGCAACCAACGGUCAACGGAUUCAGUGGCACUUCAACCCACCCGCAGCACCGCACUUCGGAGGACCAUUUGAGGUCAUGGUGAAGGCUGCCAAACGAGCACUGUACGCCAUUCUGAAGUCAGGUGACAUCACAGAUGAGGAGUUAGUGACGGCAACGAUUGGAGCAGAACACCUGAUCAACAGUCGGCCCUUGACAACGGUAACUUCAGAUGCCAGAGACUGUACUCCUAUCUCUCCAAGUGACUUGCUGCUAGGCGACGCGAGCCACAGUAUUGAUGUACCCGGUGAUGACCCAGCAGCUAGCCUGAGGAGACGCUGGAGACGAGUCCAGGAGCUGGUCAGACAUUUCUGGGCAAGAUGGAUGCAAGAAUGGCUGCCCAUGCUGAGUGGUCGUGCCAAAUGGAAGAAACCCUACAACAACGUGCAAGUCGGUGAUGUCGUUAUCCUACUCGCCAAAGACACACCACGUGGUCAGUGGCAGCUGGGACGAGUUGUCGAUGUUCACCCAGGACGUGACGGGCUGGUACGAGUCGUGGACGUAAAGGUGAAGAACACCACGCUACGUCGCCCAAUAAGCAAGAUCUGCCCGCUGGAAGCAUAUCAGUGA